AGUGACAGACAGACAGGCAGGAAGAGAGACAUACAGCUGGUGAGACAGGGAGCGCAAAGAGGGGAAAGGCUGUUUUACUUUGAGAGUUUUAAGGAGAGGAUGGACACGAGGCAGAGCAGAGACGACGGAUAAAUAAAACCACAUUUCCUGGGAAAAUUUAAAUUUUUUGUCUAAAAAAGGAAUAAUUUUUUAAAAGAUAUUAAAAAGGACAUUUAACCACUUUUUCUCAACAUUUUUCUUCGGUUUCCUAUCAGGAUUUGGAUUCUUUGCUGAACACAAAAGAGACUAAAGAGAAGGAUAUUUUCUACCAUCCACCUGAAACAGUGAAUACAAACACACCCGUCCUACCUCAGGCUUAGGAUUAUGGUGGUGCAUGGUCCGCGUGGGGAUCUGAGACAGAAUCAAAAUGCUGAAAUGUAAAGUUUGCAGUUAUUUCUGCUGUCUGCGGUUCACCUCGUUGCUGCUGCUGAUGCUGCAUCAGAAUGGAAGCAGCGCAGCUCCCGCAGAGGAAAAUGUAGCUUCUUCACCAUGUAGCAUCUCCUUAUCUGAACUGGUAUCCAGUCUGGACUCCAUAUCACUGACUGUGAGCACACCUGGACAGAACUGCUCUUUCACUGUGACCUCUCCAGAUACAGAUGGCAUCGAGUGUAGGCAAAAAACAAGAGAAGAGGAGGCGUUGGAGGGUUCAAGCAGAGCACAUCAUGUAGGAACUGACCAGCUAGGAGUUGAAGCAGGAGGAAACAAGAGCAUGAGAGAAGUUUUCACCUGUGUUCUGGAUCACCUGGAGCCUGGGACCACCUACCAGCUGCAGGUGCAGUCGAAGACCGAUCAGGAGUCUGCAAACAUCACCGCGCACACCAAGCCCUCGGCAGUGAUUGGCCUGGCGGUGACAUCCAGGACCUGCAGCAGUCUAAGCCUUUCCUGGCAGGCCGGAAACGGCAGGACGCAGCGCUUCAGGCUUCAGUUGUGGGAACAGUCUGAGAGUCCAGAUCAGUCCGGUCUGCUGAAGAACGAGACUUUAGGGAGCACAACAACACGACACACACUAAACGGCCUGGUGCCAGGUCGACUGUACAACAUUACUGUGGUGACAGAGGGCGGCAAGCUGCAAAACAGCCGGACCAUCGAGGCUCAGACAGUGCCUUCUGCUGUUUUCAACCUCACCACUAACUACGAGAAUAGCACCAUCUUGCUGUUGUCGUGGCAAAAGCCUAAAGGUGACCUGGACGCUCUCAUCGUCACGCUCACAUACAAUGGCACGAGGCUCUGGGAGACCACCCUGCCUGGGAACGUCACAGAAGUCACCAUCCAUCAGCUGACUCCUGGCUCAGCCUAUCAGCUUACAGUGACUUCUAGGAGUGGCAGACUGACAAACCAAUCAGAAAUCACUGUCAGGACAGCUCCAGCUCCAGCAUCCCACCUCACCUUGUCUCCCUCUGCCUCUGGUGGCCUCUUCCUGGCUUGGUCGCCUCCAGCUGGUCACUGGGAGAACUACAGGCUGUUCCUAUUUGAUGGCUCUCAACAGGUAGUCAGCACAUCUCUGGACCAGGAGGCAGUGAACUUCAGCAUCCCCAGUGCAGGACUAACACCAGGGAGGGUGUACAGAGUUGUGUUGAGAGUGGAGAGUGGAGGACUGACAGCUGAGAGUAGCUGUGAGGGAUCAACAGCUCCUGCUCCGGUAUUGGAUCUCCACAUUCGGCACUCUGAUCAGACCUCACUCAGUGCUAUGUGGAGCCACUCCCCCUUGGGGUUACGUGACAGCUACUUCCUCACCCUUUACCAUGGUAACAACACAGAGGCUACCAGGACAGUGGAGCCAAAUAUGAGGGAGUGCACCUUCAAUGUCCUCACACCUGGUAGACUGUACACCAUUACCGUGACAACCAGAAGUGGAAAACUGAACACCUCUGUUUCCGUGGAGGGGAGAACAGUUCCCAUGGAAUUGCAUGCCUUCACUCUGAGAAACAUGGGCGUCAACAAUCUUGAGGCCUCAUGGACAAAACCACCAGGAGAUGUAGACUUGUACAUGUUGACAUUGCUACAGGAUAGUGUUGUGGUUCAGAACUACAGCGUUUCAGUUAGCUCUUCUUCUCUGCUGCUGGCUGGUUUGACACCUGGCACCCUCUACAGGCUGCAGGCUAUCACUGUCAGUGGGAGGCUACAGUCUAAACCCAUCAGUCUGGAGGCACGCACAGCCCCGGAGCCUGUCUCUGAGAUAACUGUUUCAAAUGGCGGCAAGUCUGAUGCUCUGCAGGUAUCGUGGCGUCCUGUGUCAGGAGUCGUGGACAGCUACCUGGUCUGCCUUGAGGAGAGGAAGGGAAUUUCUAAACAUAAAUUUGUUGUGUCCCACUCCUCACCACCUGAGUGCUCAUUCAGGUCGCUGGAGGCUGGCAGGCUUUACUCGGUGGUCAUAAAAACAAGGAGUGGCGACCUGGAGACUUCCGCCACCGUCCUAGCUCGAACGCAACCAGCCACUGUGCAAAAUCCAAUAGCUGUUCACUCUGGAAGAGACAACUUCCUCAAGGUGUACUGGCGCCAAGCGGCUGGGGUUCUCGACCGCUACGUGGUUCUGAUCCGUUACAAUCACACCGUGCUGCAGAAUAAGAGUGUCUCAGCAGGACACAACGAGUGCGUCUUCUCAUCUCUGACAUCGGGUAGACUCUACACUGUCACUGUGGAAACCUGGAGUGGAGACUAUGUCAGCAGCAUCUCCACUGAUGGACGCACCUUUCCUGCAGCUGUUCAGAAUCUGUUACUCAGCAAUGCAGGAACCGACAAGUUGAACAUCACCUGGAGCCCUGCCCCUGGAGACGUGGAUUACUAUGAGGUCACUCUGCUCUUCAACGAUUCUCGAGUAUUCCCUCCGGUCACGCUGGGUGGUGAGGUGCGACAACACCGGCUGACCUCUUUGACGCCUGGGCGGCUUUAUAAGAUUGUGGUGGCGACAUUCAGUGGAUCAUAUCAGAGAGCAGAGUUCAUUGAGGGGCGAACAGUUCCCAGAGCUGUAGGAAACCUCCACCUGGUUCCACAACCUGGUCUGACUGACUCUGUUGCUGGACUUUUGGCUUCCUGGAUGCCUGGCGAAGGAGACCUGGACAUGUACAUUGUGUCCCUGUUGACCGUGGACGGAGUCAUUAUCGACACUCGUCCUGUUCCCAAACAUGUCACCACCCUGGACUUUUUAGAGCUGACCCCAGGUCACCUUUACACCAUCACUGUCCAAUCGAUGAGUGGGAAGCUAAGCAAUAGCAACACAGCCACAGGCAGGACAGCUCCAGCCAGAGUCACAGCCCUCCAGGCUGAUAAUGAUCACACCACCCACAGCCUCACCGUCAGCUGGGAGCAACCAGUGGGCGCAUAUGACAGCUACAGCCUGCAGCUGCUGGACGAGGCCGGCAUUGUGGUGAUCAAUAGAACGGUCGCAGCCGAGAGUCGAAGCAAGCUUCUGGAAGGUCUGACGUCAGGGAAGUGGUAUCGCGUGAGGGUCGUAACGCUGAGUGGUGGCGUGCCGUCACUGGAGGCAAGCGCAGAGGGGCAAACACGUCCCGCUGCCGUCAGUAAUCUAUUGGUCAUUUCAGCCAACACCUCCUCUCUCUCCUUCUCUUGGCGUCCAUCUGAUGGCCAUGUUGACAUCUAUGACCUGACUCUGUACAGCAUCUCUGAGGGGACCACCAAUCACAGGCAGGGCUCUCCUGGGAGCAGGAGGGAUCAUCACACGAAUGCAGGUGAACAGGUGGACCUGCAGAAGGUGGGCUCGGCUGCAGACAGCUGUGUGUUCUCUGGGCUGAGAGCAGGCAGUCUGUACAAGCUGCAGGUGGUGAGCUGGAGCAGAGACAUGAGCAGCGAAUCAUCUGUGCUGGCCAGAACCGUCCCGUCUCCAGUCUCAUCUCUACAGGUGGAGAGUUCAGGAUGGACGGACAGACUGGGAGUCAGCUGGCACCAUGGAGAGGGAAGCUUUAGCAGUUAUGAGGUGGUGUUGUACGAUGUUUCUGGAUCCAUCCUGGGAGCCCAGACUCUUGGUGCGGAGCACACAAGUCACACCUUCACUGCGCUGGUCCCUGGUAGACUGUACCGUGCUGAGGUUAUCACGCAUAGUGGAGAUUUGACCAAUAAUGUUUCAGCAUUUGGGCGCACCUCUCCCCAACAGCCUGCCCACCUGUCCGUCAAACAAGGCCCAAGCAAUGACACAAUAGAGCUGUUGUGGGCUGUUCCCACCAAAGGAGACUACAGUAACUUCAGUCUGCAGUGGACUCCUCCUGAUCAGCUGACGGUCACACAAACCCAUCUGACCAGCUGCAUUGUGGGCGGGAUGUUUCCAGGGCGAGAGUACAACUUCACUCUGAUGACUACUAGUGGGGGCGGAGCCAAAGGUGGACCAACAGUCAGGAGCCAGCCAAUCCAGAGGAACAUAAGAACAAGUCCAUCUUCUCUAAAGUCCAUCCACUGCUUCCCUCUCUCCUCUUCCUCCCUCUCUUGCUCCUGGUCACCUCCACACGCUGACUUUGACUCUUACGAGGUUGAGUGUCGGCGCUACGAUGACCGGGAGCUGAUCUCAGCAUUGAAGCUAGUGGGAGGCGUCACAGCGGUGACACUGGACCACUUGGAGCCAUACAGGAAAUACUCUGUGACGGUCAGAGUAUCAUCAGCCGGACAGACGAGCCCGCCGGUGACACACACCACCGUCACUAUGAUCGACCGCCCUCCUGUCCCACCUCAAAGUGUAUGUGUCACCAAAAGGUCAUCGAAAAUCAAGUCAUCCUCCAUCCUGUUUCGCUUUAACUGCUCCUGGUUCAGCGACACCAACGGAGCCGUCCGAUACUUCACCGUGAUCGUGGCCGAGUCUGAUGCCAAUGAAAUGCUGCAGCCAGAACAGCGCCACCCACUGCCCUCAUACCGCGACUACAUCAGCAACUCAUCCGUCAGAGCCUAUCAGACUGCCUACUUCCCCAGCCGCUGUCCACAGGACACUGAGAGUUCUGCUGGGCAGGUGGUGGAGGUGAACCUGGGCGCAGGAGGAGACCGGUUGGGGGGAUCCUGUGAUCAUUACCAUGACGGUGACCUCUAUCUGAGUGACAGCUACGGUGCCUUCUGUGACGGGCCACUGAAAGCCAAAACAUCAUACAGGCUAAGCGUGCGAGCCUUCACCCGACUGUUUGACGAGAACCACAGAGAGUUUUCUCAGCCACUCUUCACUGACACUUACCUGUCAGAGCCACUCCGGACGCACGCAGAGCCUCUAGGUGGUGUGGUGGAGGGUCUGAGUGCUGGCAUGUUCCUCAUUGGUAUGAUGGUGGCAGUCGUCUCUCUGCUGGCCUACAGACAGAGGCUACGCAAAGUGGCUGUGCAGGAGAACCCGGUGGUGAGGAUGAGCAUGUGGAAAGAAGUUCCAACUUCAGGGAUGUAUAUGGGCGUCCGGAGUAACCGUCGGAUCACCAGUCCUAUCAAAGCGGCCCAUUUCGAGUCGCAUCUGACCAAGCUGCAGGCCGACUCCAACUACUUGCUUUCUGAAGAGUUUGAGGAUCUGAAGGAUGUCGGCCGUAACCAGACGAUGGAUGUCGCCCGAGUGCCGGAAAACCGAGGAAAGAACCGCUACAACAACAUCCUGCCAUAUGAUUCUACCCGAGUGAAGCUGUCGUACCUGGAGGACGACCCCUGCUCCGAUUACAUCAACGCCAGCUACAUACCUGGUAAUAACUACCGCAGGGAGUACAUUGCCAGCCAGGGGCCGCUCCCGGGCACAAAAGAUGAUUUCUGGCGGAUGGUGUGGGAGCACGGCGUCUACAACAUCAUCAUGGUGACCCAGUGUGUGGAGAAAGGACGGGUGAAGUGUGACCAGUACUGGCCUGCAGACAGAGAGCCUCUGUACUACGGUGAUCUGGUCAUUCAGAUGCUGUCAGAGUCUGUCCUGCCUGAGUGGACCAUCCGAGAGUUCAAGAUCACCUCGGAGAGCAGCUGCAGUUAUCCUCGGGUACUGCGUCACUUCCACUACACGGUGUGGCCUGAUCACGGCGUCCCUGAGAGCACCCAGUCCCUGAUCCAGUUUGUCAGGACAGCCCGGGACUAUGUGGACCGAUCGCCCAGCACCGGAGCCACCGUCGUUCACUGCAGUGCUGGAGUCGGGCGCACAGGGACCUUCAUUGCUUUGGAUCGGGUUCUGCAGCAGCUGGACUCCAAAGGAACCAUCGACCUUUACGGCUGUGUGUUCGACCUCCGCCUGCACCGCCAGCACAUGGUCCAGACUGAGUGCCAGUAUGCCUUCCUGUAUCAGUGUAUUCGGGAUGUCCUAAGAGCCAGAAAGCAUCGCAGCGAACAGGAGAACCCUCUCUACCCCAUCUAUGAAAAUUUCAACCCUGAGUACUGCAGAGAUUUCAUUUACACUGGACGCUAAAGAGAUGACGAUGUUCAUGCGAUCAAAACGAGGAAACAUUCCAACACAAGAAACGGACAAAACAGGGAAUAUAAAUAAAUAAGUCCAAGAUUGUAAAAACCUUUUUUCAGGGCUGUAGGUCUUGCACUCUGAAUCACUGGUUUUACAGCAACAAAUUCAUUGAGGAAAAGUAGAAAUUAAAGUGCAGAUUUGGGAUUAAAUAAAAACAAAGCACAAGACAAGUCGGAGGUUCUGGGUUUGUUGGCGCUGCAGGGAAGACUUUCGUAGCUAGAGCUGGUGAUCAGCUGGUGAUCAGCACAAUCUGAGAAAAGUUUUUAAAAUUUAGCAAAUAACACCUCACAGACUUUCCACUAAAUUUACAGUCUGAUUUUAUUCAA